CCCCCUUUCGGGUCCAUGUCCCAGUGUGGUGUCCGUGUCCCAUUCCGGGCUCGGUGUGUCCUCCCGCCGCCAAGGGGAGGAGCGGAGCGGGCAGAGGCGGCCGCGCGCUCCCGCCCCGCCCCGGCAGGUGCGGCGCAGGUGAGGCGCGGGCGGUCGGCAGGUGCGGCCCCGCGCGGCUCCGUUCCCGUGCCCGGUGCCCGUUCCCGCAGCCCGGCCAUGGCGUACCGGGAGCUGGUGCGGCUCUGGCACGAGGCCGUGCGGGCGGCGGACCGCGGGCACUGGGACGCUGCCCUGGACGCCUUCGGCGGCAUCGCGGAGCCUCCGGCCAGGAUCUGCUUCAACGUGGGUUGCGUGCAGCUGCUGGCCGGGCGGCCUGAGGCGGCCCUGCGGGGAGGAGAUGCAGAUAAACCUUUCCUCAAACAGCGUAAGGAGGAGCUGAGGCUGUGCUGGAGGGGCUGGGGCAGCGCAGUGGAGCCCUGGGCAGGCAGUGGCUGUUCGGCACACGGUGCCAUGGAGGCAUUCGAUAAAACCAUUGAGAAGGACAAUUCCCUGGCGGUGGGCUACUUCCAGAGAGGGUUUGUCUACCUGCAGCUGGAAAUGUAUGAAGAAGCUCUCUCUGAUUAUCACAUGGCCUUCAGUCACCUAAGAGAAAAUCCCUUCAUUGAUUACAAGCAGCUGGGGCUGAGGCACAUCCUCUAUGCCUGGGAGGUGCUGUACAGCGCUGCAGCAGUGCAGUGCCACCAGCAGCAGUGGCAGGAGGCCAGGGUCACCCUGGAGAAGGCUGUUGUGUGGAGACCUGAAAGAAGAACAGCAAUGCUAGAGCUGGCCCUUGAGCGGGUGCAGGACCACCUGUUUUUAGAGCCCAUGCUGGUUCCUCUUGGGGAACUUUUCAGACCACGAAAGAAGGAAGUUGAGCAGCUGGAUUCAAAAGAUUUCCUGGGUAAACCCAAGGUCAUCUCAUCCAUCAUUCCCAAUGAUGAGUACAUUGGCUUUGAGCCUCUUAGGCCUCAGAAACAGGGCUUUUAUGAACCCAGUGCCAAUGCUCUACGGGAUGCCGAGUCCGGCUACCACCGAGUGCUGUCCCGGUACCGCCCUGACGAGCCGCCGGGGCCGGAGGUGGCAGCCGGGAGCCUGGUGUUCGUGCUGGGCAGAGCAGCCGAUGGCUGGGCCACGGCCAUCCACGACGGGCAGGGUGAAAGGCAGUGCUGCGGCUGGGCUGGGAUCACUGGGCUCCUCUCUCAUCCGGCUCUGCUCCAUGUCCCUCUGCAGAAGCUGCACAUCCCAAGCUCUCUCCUGGAACCUGCCUCAAGGAUGGAUAAAUGGAAGAUCAGCACUGGGAUUCCCCUUCCUCCUGCCCAGGUGCCUCCCAGCUGCCACCCCGUGAAGCAGAAGCCAGAUCCUCCUGGGGAAGAAAAUGCCUCUGUCAAUGAUGCCAGUGCUCACAUGGACUCUAAGGUCCCCCCAAGGUGCGGGGAGGCCUCUGCGGGCGCAGACAGGCCGGCAGUGCUGCGGCUGCGCUGCGAGUGCUCGCUGGUGCUGUGGGCAGGCGAGGCCCCGGCCCUGCCGGCCCUGCGGGCCCUGCUGCGGGACAGGCUGGCUCAACAGGCACAGCGGGGCAUGCUCAGUUACAGGCUCCUGGAUGGCACAGAGCUGGGGACAGUGUUGGGACAGGAAGACCUGGGGAAAGUGUGGCAGCAGCUGACGGAGGGCAGCCUGAUACUCUGUUGCCAGGACUCAGACUCCCACUCGGGCAGACCUGUUCUCUACCAGAUGCUGGCUCAGCACUCUUACCUGGCACAGGGACCAGGGGACCUGGAGUUCAACAAGGGAGAUGUGCUGGAUAUCCUCUCUGAAGUGAAUGAGGACUGGCUGGAAGGACGAUGCAAUGGCAAGACUGGCAUCUUCCCCAAAUGCUUUGCCACCCAGACCAGCUGUGAUGCUGCCUUCCUAUAGCAAACAGGAGCCUUUUCCUGCCUGGCUGCACCCCCAGGGGUGGGAGACACUCGUCCCAGCUAAUUUGGGCCCCAGCCAGCACAGCCAGGAGCUCUACUGUACCUGGACAGGGGUUACCUCCCACUCAGAUCCAUGGGGUCAUUUCCAGCAGUGAUAGCAUUUCCCACGGCCUGUUCCCUGACCUGGCAUUUUUUACCUUCUGCUUACACUGCCAAAGAUGUAUCUGUGAAGAGCAGAAAGCAAGGAGAGGGCUCUGGGGUUUGGCUGUGGGAAUUGUCCAUGUGGGAGCUCAGGUUGCUGGGUAGGAAGAGGUUCCCCUGGGUGAGAGGAGGUUCCCCUGGGUGGGAGGAGGUUCCCCUGGGUGGAAGUCUUCAUCCCCUCUCCCUGUUGCUUGUGUUGAGGCUGGGAAGGCUGAGCCUCACUCCCGAAGCCAAAGGUGGCUGGCUGGGAGCAGGGGGCAGAGCCCUGUUUCCCAGGCUCUUGGGUCACAUAACCUUAUCUCCACCAGGCAGAGAUGCUGCUCUUUCAAAAGGCUUUUGGAACCAGUUUGCAGUGGGGUUAAUGGGAUAACACCAUGAGUUAGGACCACUGUCUUCCAUAGCACACAGCUAUGGACCUGACCAUUCCUUCGCCAGGUGCCUCAGGCACUUUUCUUAAGCCCUAAGGCCAAGGUGAGAGCAGCUCUGGGUUGUGGGAGAGCCCUGGAGAAAGGGCUGGCUGGGAAGUGCAGUGCUGGGCUGGUGCUGCAAAGGCUGAAAGCCCUGUCCAAUUCCUGCAACUGGGCUGGGCUGAUCUAAAUAAAACACUUAAGUGCCUGGAGCUGGAACCUGUUCUGGAUUUGGUGUCUUGACAAAACUUGGCUAUGUAACUUGAAUAUGAAAUAAACCCUGAGCUAGAGUUGGCAACACUUAAAACAA